UCAGCUUGAUCGAACAUGACGUUCGCCCGCAAGAAGUUUGUUGGCUCGAAGGAGCAGGCCCGUAUAAACAAUUCUGUUUGGGGAAAAUACCUCCAGCGUGUACAGAAGAAUUCGUUUGUGUGGGUGGGCUUGCCAUUUUUUGCCAUCAUGCUGAUGGGCACCCACCUGCUCACCCAGUUCAAUUCUGUUCGAUACGAGCAGCAUGAUCGUCGGUCUUCAGAACUAGAGGAAGAGAAAAUGCUUGCUAUGAGCAACCGAAGACGCAAAAUCGAUAUCAAGGAUGAGUUCUAUCGGCUGCAGCAGCUCGACAUCGACAACUGGGAGCAGAAGCGGGUUAAAAGAUUACCCGGCGAAAGUGACAACAAAUUUUAA